GGAUUACAGUCACUGUGACGAUUGCUCUGCCAUUUGCACUAUCUCCAAACGCGACUGAAAAAACCAGGUCCAGCAGAUCCAUCCGACCUCAAUUAAACGGCAAAAGCAAGCCUGGAAAAAUAGAGAAGCCCUUUUGCUGCUUCGCAAUUUACUUCGAUUGCAAACAGCGAAGAUAGUUGCAAUUGAGUUUGUGUGUUGCGGGGCUGAGGAUGAAUUUGUCAUCUGGAGACGCUGUGCCCAUAGUAACAGGCAGCUGAUUGUGGCCGGCACACGAACACUGAAACAGCUCCAAGAGGACGGCGAUGCUGUCCGGCUCCAUCCAGAUCUCCGGAGAGACCCUCUCUUCGGCGGAGGUGAAAGACAUUUGUGACUCUCUGAGGACCAAUUCCGUUCGGCUAUUGUCGCUGAGGGGAUGUCACAUCUCAGACCGUGAUUUCCACCGCAUCAGCCGGCAUGUGGCGGACUGUCAAUCCCUGGCACAGCUCAACCUAAACCUUGGGGUAGUCAGUAACAUCAACCGAGUGAAACAGUUGGCAGAAGCACUGGCAUCCAACAGGUCCAUCCAUUCCCUCUUAUAUAUGAUGACAAACCUCUGGAGCAGGUGGGGCUUGAACUUGGACCUUCUGACCCAGAGCCUCCAUGGUACUCCCUUAACUGAUUCUGGACUAGCUGUACUGAACCCUGUCCUAUCCCUACAUCCCUCCCUAAUAUCACUGGAUCUCGGAGACUGUAUUCUGGGAGAUGAAGGAAUGAAUCUCAUUUGUGGAUUGUUGCCGCCGGAUGGGGCAAAGUCAGGUCUGAAAGAGCUAACACUGAGUGCUAAUCCUGCAGUUACAGUGAAGGGUUGGGCACGCCUGGCAAUAGCAGUUGCCCACAGUUCUCAACUUCGUGUCCUUAACUUGGAUUAUAAUCCUCUAGGUGACCACAUUGCAGGGAUGUUAGCAGUUGCUGUGGCUUCUAGUCGGACUCUAGAAGUGGUGGACCUGGAGGGGACAGGCCUUACGAAUCAGUCAGCUCAGAUAUUUCUGGACAUGGUAGAGAAUUAUCCCACCUCGAUACGGACUCUCAUCCUAGCAGAAAAUAAUAUCAGCUUGGAACUUCAGCAGCAAAUCUCUGAUCUGCUUUCUGAGGGAGAGGAAGAGGAGGAAACUGAGAAUGAAGGGCAAGAAGAUGCAGGAAGACAGAAGGAAAUCUGGAUUGCUCAGAGCAAUCCAGAAUCACAGGCUAUCCUUGUGUCAACACAGCUUGAAGAUUCAUUGCUGGCAGAAACAGAAAUGUGACAACACCUGUUGUUGGAUCCCUUCAGUCGUAGGCCAUACUGCACUACCAUUCACUCAUGUCUUUAUGUGCUGCUGUUGGAACUGAUUGAGAACAUGUGUCUAUAACUUUUGUUCAUUUACAGCUUGACCCAGUGUGUGACACUGACCCUAAAAGCACUGGAGGGGCACCUGCAAUCACCUCACAUAAUGCCACUUUAUAUUUGUGUUUAUUUAUUUUUAACAACUUAAUUUAGUCUCUAUCACAACAGUCACCGCACUAAAAAUGUAAUGAAUUGUGUAAAGCACUGAGGGUUUUGAUGUGAUAAUGCACUGUGUAAACAAAGUUAUGAUUGAAUGUAUUAAGAGCAUGGACUCAAUGCGUCAAGUGGCCUUUUUCUGACCAUUCAAUGAAGCAGAUUACA